CAGGUAGAUUGAAGUAAGACGAUUGUCACCUGUGAGGAAAAGUAAUGUCUUUGAGAGGAAUGCUCAUUCCCUGUAGCUCCAAGAUCGCUGAAAUGGUUAAGAACGACUUUGUUUUGCCCCGUCUUCGGCAUUCAAGUUCAGCUCCCUCGUUGCUUUCGCUCGUUGAGGCAGCGGAGAUGGAUGAGGACGAGCGAGUGAAGGCGACAGAGCAUGGAGUGAAAGGUGGGCGAGGAUGGCUCGAGCAGCAGAACGUGCCGCAGGCCUGCAGGAAGUGGUCCAAAGAAGAAGCGAUCAACUCUUUGUUUCAAGUUCCCAAUGAGAGUGACAAGGGGUUAAAGCAUGUCGACAGUAUGGAGCUCAUCCCGGCGAUGCUGGAGGAGAGUGAGCUGCAUCACGUUGGGCACGUUCCUCCUCCGCAGAAGGAGAGGACGUCGGUGAAGAUUCCUGACAGGUUUGCGAUGCACGAGCACGAACACAGCUACGAGCGCGAGGAGGAGGAGGACAUGGCGGAUGCCUGUCCUCUCCGCGCGUGCUCUCUCCCCCACGUGGACUCUGUGGAGCUGAUUGGUAAGCUGCUUGACAGUGAGUGUGACGAGCGGGCGGGAUGCCAGGAGCCGCUCGCGAGCCCUCUAGUGGGCGAGAGGAAGAAGCAGAAGCGUCUGAUGCAUCAUGUGGUGUUUGCUGGGGCAAGAAUCGAUGAUGUUGAGAUGCUGAUGAAUGCAAGGUGGUUGAGGGUGGAGAAGAGCUGAUAUGAGAGAAUAUGCGCAGGAUGCGCCGUUGUUAAAUAGUUCCUCUGUUAAACUUGUGAGAUAAACUGAGAAAAUGUCACGU